UAAAGAAUAAGGCAGUGAAGUACAGAGAGAUGGAAGAAGGCGGCAUUUGGGAGGAACUAAGAGGUGUGCUUAUUGUGCAGAUCUAGCUAAUUUUGUGGGAUUACUGGGUUGUAAUUUUGCGUCUCUUGGGCAACAAAGAACAUGGCUCCUCUGAAAAUUUCACUGGGUUUCAGUAUAAGCUUCUUUGUUUUGCUGGUUGGACUGCUUUUGAGACAAUGCAUAGCCCUGAAAAUAUCAGGGUAUGUAAAACAGAUAAAAGAUUACUUUGCAAAUGCGCAGUUAGAAAAGGAACUGGUUAAAUCUAAUGGAUCUGUUAAGUUAGCAACCAGAAAGUUUACUGAAAAAGAACUGGAAGAGGCCACAUCCAAGUACGAUGACAGCAGAACCAUUGCUACCGGAGAGCAUGGAAAAGUGUAUAAAGGAAUUCUACCAGAUAAGAGAGUGGUUGCCGUAAAGGAGUUCAAGUCCGAAUCCAGGUUUCGUACAGAAUUUGAAGUUCUUUCUCGGAUCAAACACAGGCAUGUGGUGAGGCUCUUAGGUUACUGUAUAGAUUCGAGACAACAUACCUUAGUUUACGAUUUCAUCAACAAUGACACUCUUUACAAGCACAUUCAAGAAAAAAACGAAGGAUCGUCAACACUCUCAUUCGAAUUACGAAUGAAGAUAGCAGCAGAAAUCGCAGCGGCACUAGCAUACAUGCACUCCUCCACUUGCAAUUCACAAAUCAUACAUCUAAACGUGAAUUCGAAAAGAAUACUAUUGGAUGAGAAUUACAUGGCAAGAUUGGCCUACUUUAGAGAGGCAAAAUUUGUUCUUCAAGGUACAACUCAUGUAGAAGGUACUGUGCGAGGCUCAUCCGGAUACUUAGACCCUGAAAGUAUUCAAUCAAACACGUUGUCAGAAAAGAAUGACGUCUAUAGCUUUGGCGUUGUCCUAGUGGAGCUACUAACAAGCCAAAACGCGUUUUGUAAAGAGAGGCCUGAGGCAGACAAACACCUUGCAAGCUUGUUUCUUCGCUCGGUGGAAGAGAGUCGCUUGGAUCAAAUUCUUGAUGGUGAAAUAACAAGGGGGAAAAUCUUAUUGGGACAGCCAAAAAAGUUGCUGAUCUGGCAAAACGCUGUUUAG